AGAAACGGCAUCAACACUGUCAAUGACUGCUAACGCGCCCGUACACCUCACUCAUACACGCAGCCGUCUGCGCGCGCAGUUGAUCCGAUGUGCGCGCUUCACCAAUGAACCGCCCCCUCUCCUCCUCACCUCACAAACCCCCCAAUACCGAGAGCGCAGGCCCCACGUCCGCCGGAGCAGGAGGCACGAGAUCACAUCACUCGCCGUGGCCUGCCCUACAGUCUAGCAGUCAUCGUACUGGUCUACCGCCCAUCGCUAUAGGACCGACGUGGCCAAAUAAUCCCACACCGAGCAUAUCGCGGAGUCCAUUCUCUCCCACCCACUCCACCUUCACCCACAAUCAAGCGGCCGCCAACCGGUAUAGCAACAGCUGGCAGUCAUUCGCUACGAGUGCACAGCCACUUCAGUCACCAUCUGCGUCUGGUCAAUAUACUACAAGCUCGGCAUAUCCUGGGCAGCGCUCACGUGCUGCUACUGGCGCGUCUAGCCCUCGAAUAGCAUCCCCACUCACUGGUCUGUCGUCGCCGUUCCAAGCAAUCAGCGGCGGGGCAUUUGGUGGCGGUGGAGGCGCUGCUCGACUAGCACGGCACUCACCGUCACUCUCAAGCUCCACGGUUGGCUCGCCUACCUCCAGCGGAGGCGGGCAGUUGAAUAGCUUGCUCCUCACUCAGCUCAACAUCUUGUUGAGUACUGUCAAGGACUCCAACUUCGAUUUACAGGCGGACAAGAUACGAAAACUUCUCGAUGAAAACGGCAUGGAGCUGUUCGAGACGUACUUCAGACGGCUUUUAAGCAAUAGCUGGUCGCUUGUCUUCCCACACCAUCCAAGGCCAGCGAGUUCGCAAGCGAAUGCGGAGACAUAUCGCUUACUAGAGCAAGAAGUUCAGAAGUUGAGAACGGACCCUCGGCAGGCGGAGAGAAUAGCCUCAGCCUUCGGAUCGCAUGACCUCGACAUUGACCUCACUGCGUUUGCCGACCAUUUCCAACUAGAUCAAGUCACGCGGGCUGCACUGCUCUUAGCGUGUAGAUUAGCUGCCAAUGGUGACUUGCGCUCAAGAGCCGACCAAAUAUUGACGAGCAAUACACAGCCUUUCCUCUCCACCCUUGCAAACCCACCAUCUGGCCCAACCGGCGCGAUUCACGACGAUGUCUCACCGCAGGUCUUAGCGCUGAUUAUCGAACGUCUUGAUCAGGAUCCUCCCCACGAGUGGAGCGAGCGGCAAAAGGAGGACUUGAGCUACGCAGUAAAGGUUCACUAUCAGAAGCUGAACAGCAGACUGCCACCUGCAGUGGAAGCAGCCAUGUAUCUGAAUGAGCUACUCCAGCUCCCAGACAGUAGGCUUGCCAGAGUAGUGCAGCGAGCAGGCCCGCGUGCCACCGCAAGUCUGGACGCUUGCAGAGAUAUGCUCGCCGUGGUCGAGACUAGGGACAUCUCCUACCCGCAAAUAGCGAAUGCGCUGCUGUUUCUGGUCAUUAGCCAGAACGGAGAAGCUUACGAUGCAGGCGUAUUCGUGGAAGGCCUACGGCAGCAUAAGGCUGGCCUGAAGAUUGACUGGACAGACGUCGUACAAGGCUUCGACAAGGAGCACUUGCGAGUAACGAAGAAGCAGUUCCUCGGCUUGUACAAUGCGCUGCUCCCUCUGGCGCGAGAGUACGCGAACUUCGACAUCCAGCACCUUUGGGGCGGUCAAUGGACCUUCCCAGCCACCCAACUCAGCUUCGUCACUGCAUUCCUGUCCACGACCUCGGAAGAGCUUGAUGUUGCUCAGAUACCAGACUUUAGACAAUGCUUCACUCUGGCCGACUACGCGGAUGCACCCGAGGGCAUCAAGGCAUAUGCGGCAGAAGCCGUCAAGUAUCCGCUUGUCUCGCGCGACGCCACUGAAGCUCUGUUCGUCAUGAUCUUCCGGUCUCAGGAAGCCUAUAACGAAGCACAGAUGCUCAGCAUCCCGGAGACGAUCAUCAACCCGAACAUGACAAUCUUCCUUUGCGCCGCAUCAGCCGUGCCAAAGCCGUGGGGCGCAUUGCAGGAUCAAGCGCUUAAGCAGCUCUUUUAUCCCUUCCUCAUGAAGCAGCACCCUAAUUACGACUUUGUGAUGCAUUCACUAUGGAUGCACGACAAGACGUGGGUAGCGCAACGGCUUGUUGAAUUUUAUCAGACGGACAGCACGCUACUCGGACUUGUUCAUGAGCAUGCAGUCGAACAUGGCUGGCUGGACCUGUUGCUCACCAUUCACAGCAACUUCGCCCUUGACUUGGCUGCGUUGGCACAUAGUAAAGGCCAGUACGAUAUUGUGGAAUGGGCGCAGCCGCUCAUUCAUCAGCUCGGCCAUGGUCCGUUUGCAAAAGCGUUAUUCGACUUCAUGCGACCGAAGCUGGACGACGAGAUAAUCACUCAGAAAGAGCGCGUGCCGCCGACGACUGUGCCGCUGUCGCUGAAGACUGUGUACGCUAUGCUGAUGCUUUUGGCAGAGCUGGUGAGAGAAGAAGAGCUCGGCCCUUUCUAUCGGCAGUGCUUGCAAACUUAUCCACGCCUCUUCAAUUACGGCGAGAACGACCGCCGAGAUUCCAUCUUGGAAGCCAAUUGCGCCAACGGACACGCUCUUCCUGAAGAUGCCGAUGAGAAGAUGCAAGAGCGCUACAAGAAGAUGUACGGCGGGGAAGCCACUCCGGACGACAUCAAGAACGAGCUGAAGGUGCUCAAGGAGUCGGAUGAUCCUGCCGACCAAGACCUUUUCGCCGUCAUGCUGCAAGGACUAUUUGACGAGUAUAACUGCUUUGGAGAGUAUCCUUUGGAGGCACUCGCAACAACUGCAGUUUUAUUCGGCGGCCUGUUAGCAUACCACAUUCCUUCCAGUGUCGCCGAACAUGCCGCUAUUUUUAUGAUUCUAGAGGCAGUCUCGGAGUACGGACCAGAGGAUUCCAUGUAUAAGUUCGGGUUGCAGGCAAUGGUCCACAUGUCUUCGAGACUCAAGGAGUGGCCACACGUGGCUGAGCGCAUCACCCAAAUACCAAGCUUGCGAGGUACUCAGGUUGUACCCGUUGCGGAAGCCGUUCUGAAGGAGCUGCAACAGGAGACUUCCGGCCUCAAUGGAGAUACUGUCAAUGGGCUCACCAACGGGGCGCUAGAUGAGGAGUUUCCAGCUGACUCUCCCACGCCGCCGUUCACCUCCAUUCGUCCUGACCCGCCGUUGCAAGCAGAGAUGUACGAAGAGCCGAACGAAGACGUUUCGGACAAGGUGAUGUUUGCCCUGAACAACGUUUCGAUGAGGAAUUUGGACGAGAAGUUCAAGGACUUGGAGACUCUGGAGGAGACUCACCAUCAGUGGUUCGCGAAAUACUUGGUCGAAGAGCUCGCCAAGUCGCAGCCAAACUUCCAGAGCCUAUACCUGCAGUUGCUGGAGAAGUUUGACCGGAAGAUGCUCUGGGCCGAAGUGCUGCGAGAGACAUACGUCAGCUGCGCGAGGAUGCUCAAUGCGCCAUCGACUAUGGAGAAGAUGCCCGAGCGACAAAGCCUGAAGAAUCUGGCAGGCUGGCUAGGCGCACUGACGCUGGCGCGCAAUCAGCCGGUCUUGCACAGGAACCUUUCGUUCAAGGAUUUGCUGAUUGAAGGGCACGACACACAGCGAUUACUCGUCGCUAUCCCAUUCACUUGCAAAGCACUUUGGCACGCUAGGGUGUCGAAGGUCUUCCGACCGCCAAACCCAUGGCUUAUGGAGUUGCUAGGUCUGAUGAGCGAGCUUUACAAUACCGUUGACCUAAAGCUCAAUCUCAAGUUCGAGAUCGAGGUCUUAUGCAAAGAUCUGGACCAAGACAUCAAAAAGAUCGAACCGCUGCAGAUCAUACGCGCCAGGCCGCUCAUGCCAGAAAACAACUUGCUUCAACCGUACGUCGGCGAUGGCGGGCCGGAUGGUUUUGGCGACAUGCACCUUAUGCAGCUUUCGAAGCGGCCGCCGAACGAGCGCUUCUCACCCGAAGCGGUCAUCCAAGCACUGCCCGAUCUUGGCGGUAUGCUCCAGAUCCCUACAGCCGCCGGCAACAUCACCCAGCCUCAGCUCCGUGGCAUCUUCGUGAACGCUGCCCAGCGGGCGAUCUAUGAGAUCAUCGCGCCUGUGGUAGAGCGAUCCGUUACCAUUGCUGCGAUCUCUACGGCUGAGCUGAUCCAAAAAGACUUCGCUACCGAGGCCGAUGUCGAGAAGUUGCGCAAUUCGGCGCACACUGUGGUGAAGGCGCUGUCUGGCAGUCUCGCUCUGGUCACCUGCAAGGAGCCUCUCCGCAUGAGUAUCAUGAACAACAUUCGUAUCUUCGCACAACAGAACGUGCACGACCCACUCCCGGAAGGCCAAAUCAUCAUGUUCGUCAACGACAAUAUCGACACUGUGUGCGGGCUUGUUGAGCAUGCGGCAGAGGAACACUCUCUGGCGGAGAUUGAUGCGCAGCUUGCGCAAGCAAUCGAAGAGCGCGAGCGGCACAACGAACAAAGACCAAAUGAGCUGUUCAACAACCCGCCCGUUAGUCGCUGGGCGCAGCUGAUUCCGGAGCCGUUCAGACAGGAUCCGCAAGGUGUCAAUGCGAACGGGCUCAACCGCCAACAGCUUGGGUUGUAUGAAGACUUCGGGCGUCAGGCAAGGAUCACACCAACGACGCAUGCGAACAGUGUGUCGCAAGAUGCGAGAGGACAGCUGCCGGAUAUGUUAGCUGACACUUAUCUGCCCAACCUGCCUACACCUGCUGAAGCGCCUGCGCUGCCGAGACCGACGCCACAGCUGCAACGCUUGCAAAUGCAGUCCGCGCAGGGCCAACACCAGGUUAACGGUUACAGUGACGGGCCAGAUAGUGGACGGCGGAUAUUAUCUCUGCUCCACGAACUGCAGCAAGCGGCACAGGAGGCGCAAGAAGACUCCAUCAACGAAGUCGGCGAAGCUACGGCCAUCAGGCGGAUCUUCGAGCAGCUCAUAGCUCUGCUCGACUCCUCCGUGCAGAGGGAUGAACUUACGAUUGCGGCAGGAGAGCACUGUCUCUCGGUUAUUUACCAUACUGCGCAAAAGCGUCUUGAGGUCGAAGUGUUUGUUCGCUUGAUGGCACAGCUGUGCCGGAUGUCGACGCAUGCAGCCCGGGUUCUGAUGAUGUACUUGGCAAACCAGGAGGACGACAAGGCUUUCAACGCCAUAGCUGUGGUGGCUUUGGCCAAUGAAGGUAUGGUCGACCUUCAGCAUGUCGACAUCCGGACCGCGAAGGCACUCAAGCAGAAGCGGCCGGCAGUUGUUGGCUUCCUUCGUCAGCUGCUAGAAGAGACAUUGAUCAGCGAAAAUGCGAUUGCGAUGCGCACCGAUUUUGUCAUGACUUACGAAGGGAUUAGCCAAUGGCUCGCGGAAGAUCCGGACAACGAGAGCCUCCGAGAUAUCAUGUCGAGACUGCAGCUCGAGUCUACACAACAGAACGGUGUGCCGAGCUCACCGCAAGAUGACGAGCGGGAUCACAUCGAAUACGUCUUCGAGGAAUGGGUUCGCAUGCAGCAGCGCAAAGACAUCCCCGAGCACAGACACGUUGCUUUCCUGAAGCAAUUGAACAAGUUCCACAUCGUGGAUAACCCGGAGAAAUCCGUCGUAUUCUACCGCGCCUGCUUAGAAAUGGCGGGCUCUGCUUUCGAGCGAGUGACGAACGCGCCGUAUGCGACACCAGAUGCUGCAUAUGUACACAUCGACGCGUUCGCCAGGCUUGUUGCGUACUCCGUCCUCUAUCACAGUCCGAUCAACGGAGAGGCACCGCAUGACAAAGCACGUGUGUUGGGCGGCGUCAUUGCAUUGAUUGUGAUGGUGAUGGCGGACCAUCACAACAAGCAGCGAGAGCGGUGGAAUUCAAGGAUCUAUUUCCGACUUUUCUCAUCGCUGCUUUGUGAGCUAAAUGACAAGAGACACUCGAUGAGCCCCGCGGAACAGCAAGCUAUGUCCCAAGAAACUUUCGGCAAAGUAUUGCUGCUCUUGCAGCCGCGAUACUUCCCCAACUUCACGUACCCGUGGUUAGCUCUUAUCAGUCACCGCCUUGUCAUUACCUCGUUCCUUAGCGGAGCCGGCAGGUCCAACGGCGGGUGGGCGCACUUUGCUGGCAUACUUGGCACGCUGUUUGAGAGCCUCGGGCAGCUCUUCAGCAUACCAGAAGCGUCCACAGUGAUCCAAGACUACUACAAGGGCGUCAUUAAGUUUUUGCUUACGCUGCACCACGACUUCCCGGAGUUCUUGGUUGAGCACCACUUCGAGCUGAACAGUAGCAUACCUCACGGUCUGGCGCAGCUGCACAAUAUAAUCAACAGUGCUGCACCGAGGCCAAUCGAGCAGCCUGACCCGCUCACACCUGGUCUGAAGAUCAACAGGCUGGAAACGAUCCGUUCGCCACCUAUCGUGCACGGUAACCAGGAUGUGCUAUUGGCAGAGCUCGGUAUUAAGGAUGCCAUUGACAGGGUCUACGAAAGUGGCGACAUCAGCAAUGAUGAUUUCAGCAAGAUUCUGGACGCGCUCGCGUUGGGAGAUGGUCCGGCAGAUGCACGACGCGCGAAUGCGUUCGUCAUCUACCUUGGUAUACAAGCUACAACGUCCUCGUCGGUCUUCUCAUCUGCAGCGCCGCCCGCUCGCUUGCUCGAACGCCUCCUCCGCGAGAGCCGCCCAGCUGCCCGUUACGAGCUGAUAUCGGCAAUGAUCAAUCAGGUCCGCUACGUCAACGCGCACACGCACUACUUCUCGACUGCGCUACAGCACAUGUUCACGGUAGCGGCGGAAGACUUACAAGAACAGAUUAUGCGCGUCAUGAUGGAGCGGCUCAUAGUGCCGAGACCGCACCCGUGGGGGAUCAUCGUGAUGAUACUGGAGUUGGUAAAGAACUCAACGACGGAUCUGUGGGAGCUGCCAUGGUUGAGGAAUGCGUCCCAAGUGCAGAGCAUGCUGAUGAAUCUGGCCCAGAGCGCUCCGAGCCAAGGCCCGGGAAUGUUACCAGGACGCUUGCCGCGGAGUCCGUUGGGACCACCAACGAUGCUUCAACACUAAUGAGAUAGCUCGGUAGCGGAAGAGUCGGACAAGUAGAUAGAGGGGAGGAGAACUGGAGCUACAAUCUGCUUCAACAAGCGCGGAGCGAGGGACUGUUCUGUGGCUUAUGCUCUCUUCGAACGGGGUAAAAGCAAGCGGGCGGCGUUGGUUGCCUUAUAUCUCCGACGUGGGACACAGCAGGGUGGAGCAUGACGAAGGCCAUGGAUGUACCCAUAGCAUCAGAGGGAGUUGGAGCCAAACAUUUGGCAAACAUUCGAUGUACACUACUGCAUAAUGUAUUCCUACACCGUCUCUGUCCGAACCUGAGGCGCAUUGGCAGCGAGAGCCAGUAGCCCCAUCGCGCAAGUAGUGAAGGAGUCUGCUCUCCUUACCACCAUCAAGCCAUUG